AGCGCUCGUUCCCGCGUCGUCGUCUCCCACUACGUGGUUUUUUUCUACCCCUAUGUGUGUUUUUCUUGUGCAAGGUUUGAGCUCUGGACACAAGUGCAACUGAUCGAUCCAUCCAUAGCCACAUUUCCUGCUAUCUCCCCCGCAGGUAUGCACCUCCCUCCCUGCUUUCUCAUUCCUGGCUGCGCUGGUGACGAUUCCGCGAUUCGCCUCCGUUUGGAUCCUCGUCUGCAGUUUGGUUGUUUCUGGUGGAAUGAGCGUGUCGGGAAUGUGAUUCUAUCUUCGCGUCGGCUUCUGUUCCACAGCCCGUCUCCGUGCCAACCUGGACAUUUCUAUGCUCGGUUUGGAUGGCGUGGCCCGCGUGAAGUCCUGACCUUUUUCUGCGCGAUGAUGGAAUUGCUGCAGUAUUGUGACAGCAGUCGAUUCUCCAGCUUCGUAUAAAUAAAUAUUGCCAUCGUUUAACCGCACGUGUGUCGUGACGGCGAUCGUGAGGUCUAGGAGGGAACAUGGUGUCGCCUGUAGAGUCCUCGGAAGUCGUCAGCCCUUUACUGUCCACGUUUGGAUUUUAUUUGUUUUCCUCUUUUCUACGGUUGUUCCCUUCCAGUGCAGGAUUUGCCUGACUAGUAUUUGUUCAUGACUCCUUUUCAUCCAUAACGAAUCGCCGCACGAGUAUGCAAAUGCUGAUUCGGGUUGAACUCAGUGGCAUUCGACUGCGCAAGAACUCGCGACCGCUCACCAUCUCAGACGCCAGGAGCUUGCGCACAGGGACGUGAGCAAUACCUGUAGUCCUACGGGCACGACAUGGUCGGAGGCAGAUAAAUGAGUCCCCAAGACCUCUGGCCUUCUCACCAUGGAAAUGCAGGUGGUCGUUGUUGAGGUGCUGUUCGGUCCAGUCCCCUGGGCAUUCGGGUGGACAACUCUGACUUUGUCCUUGGUGAUCCUGGUCGCAGCUGUAAUCUGACAGACGCUCGAAGCUUUCGGCAUGGGUCUUGAGGGAGCUCUCUCGCUCAGCACGUCAGCAGGUCGUCCCGAGGUCGCAACAGGUCGUCCCGACCACAUUUGCAUAUGGACGCCUGAAGGCGUUAGAAGGCUGCUUGGCAAGAACCGCGUGCGGAUGAGUCGCGGCUGGAAGGUGCGAGAUAUGGUGAGAGCUGUGCGAUGCGAGAGUUGUUCCCCUGAACAAGGCGAUGACGAACCGAUUUCAGUGCUCCGUCCCGAUCAAGGCACAACAACAAGCUUUCUCAGUAACAGCCUUACGCGUGGUGUGAAUGGCAUCUCACGCACUGCCGCCAACGCACCUGUGCAAGAGGAUCGGGAGAACGGUCCGGGCGCGGCCUUAUCUACCGAUAUUUUGCGGUAUCGCAGCGUCCGAUCUGGCGCUUCGAUCGCUUUGCGAGCGCUUGAUGUGUAUCUGCUUCUGGCGUCGAGUAUCUGCGACGAAGUGGACAAUGCGUUUAGGACGCCAUGCUCCAGGAAGCCAUUGCGUUUGUCCACAACGUCGUGGGAGCUGUUGGAGUGAGCGAGCGAGCGAGCGAGUGGCGAGCCGGUUGAGGAUGAGAUUGUCAGUCGAGGGCUUUGCUAGGAGAGGGGACCGACGGGAGCUUGAUCAGCUGAUUGAUUUUGUGAUAAUUUGCGAGCGCUAAAUCGCUCGUGAGAAUGCAUUCGGACGAAGUAGAUAUGUAUCUCGGAGGCGAUGGCAUGUUGUGCAGAAUGCACUUCACGCCUGGCAAGGGCGAUUUUCCUGUUCGCAAUAUCGCUCCAGUUUGCCGAAGUUAGUGGCGAAUUCGAAUGUUGUGAAAACAAAUGACUUUUGUUAACGUGGAAUGGAUUUCCAAGCUGACAUUUAGUCGUCUACA